GCGCCGCCCCGCGGAAGCCGAGCCCGGCGCCGCCCCUUCCGCUCCCUCCCCGCUCCGGCCCCGCUCCGCCGGGAGGUGCCGGUGGCAAUGGGGGCCGGGUUCGGCGCGGGGCUGGGGCUGGCCCUGGCCUCCAGCGCCUUCAUCGGUGGCAGCUUCGUCCUGAAGAAGAAGGGGCUGCUCCGGCUGUGCGGCCCCGCCCGGGCAGGGCAAGGAGGGCACGCGUACCUGCGAGAGUGGCUUUGGUGGGCAGGGCUGCUGUGCAUGGGAGUUGGAGAAGCUGCAAAUUUCGCCGCCUAUGCCUUUGCCCCUGCAACACUGGUAACUCCACUGGGUGCUCUGAGUGUUCUUGUUAGUGCAGUUCUGUCUUCCAUCUUCCUGAAUGAGCAGCUGAAUGUUCACGGGAAGAUUGGCUGCAUCCUGAGUAUCCUGGGCUCCACUGUGAUGGUGAUCCAUGCUCCACAGGAAGAAGAGGUUUCCAGCCUGGAGUCAAUGGCAGAGAAGCUGAAAGAUCCAGGAUUCAUUGUAUUUGCUGUGUGUGUCCUGGUGAGCUCCCUUCUGCUCAUCUUUGUGGCUGGACCCCGUUAUGGACAGAGCAACGUCCUGGUUUAUGUUUUGGUCUGCUCUGCCAUUGGCUCGCUGUCAGUAUCCUGCGUCAAAGGCCUGGGGAUUGCCCUGAAAGAAUUGUUCUCUGGGAAGCCAGUCCUGAAGGAACCGCUGGGCUGGGUGCUCCUGGUGUGCCUGGUGAUUUGCAUCAGCAUCCAAAUCAACUAUCUGAACAAAGCCCUGGACAUUUUCAACACCUCAGUGGUCACACCCAUUUACUACGUGCUGUUCACCACAGCAGUCAUGACAUGCUCUGCCAUCCUCUUCAAGGAGUGGCAGCACAUGGUGCUGGACAACAUCAUCGGCUCCAUCAGCGGCUUCCUCACCAUCGUGUCCGGCAUCUUCCUCCUGCACGCCUUCAGGGACAUGCCCUUCACCCCCAGCCUCCUGCCCCUCUUCCUGCAGCCAGCCGGGGCAGACCCACACCCGCCCUGGAGCAGUGCAGACAGACAUCAGUCCUGCCAGCACCAGCCUCUGCUGCCCUCGGAGGACAAGGGCUCUCAGAGCGCAGAGGAGGAGGAAGAGGAGGAGAAGUGAAAGCAGGUGAGGAAGCAUCUGAACUGCUGGCUUCCUGCUCCUGCUGCGAAGGCUGAACGUGCUGCUGCAGGAGCAGGAGCCGUGAGAUACCCUCUGCCUGCCCCAGGCACCACACGCUGACAGGAGGCUGACACAGCAGCAGCCUCCUGUGGCUACAGACAGGAGCCCUGGGAACUGCCCCGUUCCUGGCAUCCUGUGCUUCUUCACUGUUCUUUUAUGUGAAGAAUUGAUCUGCCCUCGUCAGGACUCAGAGCUCGGCUGUGCAGAGAGAGGCCUGCAGCACUAACACAGUGCUAACCCUGACUCCAUGGCAGAUCACACAUCUGGGGAGGCUCACACUGUUUUUUAAACCCAGAAUUAACAGAUACAGAAUGAUCUAACAUGGUGCUAAGGCUGCAGAGAUGCACAGAUGGAUGUCUGGCUUUAAAGGUGACAUUCAGAGAAUAUUAAUGCAAAAAUUCCUCUGUCAAGUACUUGGUUUUGCUCACUCUGCUAGAAUUUAUUUACAGAUUCACAUCCAAAAACAGCAUACAGCCCAAACUGGGAAACUUCAGUGGUGCUGCCACAUGCUGCUGUGGCUCUUACAGAGGGAACAACCUCUUUGUGCAACGUCUGCUGUGCAGGUUGAUGAAGCUUCCUGUAUUCUAUUAAAAACUGAUCUGUUCAGUUA